AUGGGAAAUCCCCAAAUCCACAGCCCUGCGGCGGCGAUCAAACCAUUGAUCGAGGAGCACACCAGGCGCGAGAUGUCCGAUUCCUCCACCUCGGCGACAGAUUACUCGCCGGGAAUGGCGGCCGUGGCUGGGGAAAAGGGUGAGAAGAAGGGGAAGAACAGAGUCGGGUCAGAGCUGGCGGCGGCGGCGGCAGAGGAGGUGGACGGCCUAGCCGUUGCCAAGAAGAAGUGGAGGGUACCGCAGGAUCUGAUCGACUUCAUCCUCGCAUGGGACGUUUCCGACUACGUCUUCGCGACGCCCGACGACAUGCCCAUCUCCGACGAGCACAAGGCGCAGUACCGCGCCGAGAGGAAGCAGGCCGUCGCGGUCAUGCAGCGGAGUCGCCGCACGAGGAGGAAGAUGCAGGAGUGGGUCAGGGCUGAGUUGGAGAAGAACGGCUGUGUCGAGGUUGAAACCACAGCCGAGAUGCUUGAAAAGCAUCAUCAGCUUGAGGAAUACAUCGAUGGCCAAAUUGCUUAA